AUGGCCCUGUUCUUCUUCCUCAUGCUCCAGAUGAUACGGAACCCACACCCUCUGAGCCCGCCGACGGCCUCGAAUGAGAAGGAGGACUACAAGAGCUUCGUGCGGGAUCCCAAUUUGGAUGAAACCGGCGAACCCCCCGAGCCCCUCCACCGCGUCAACGGCCACAACUACGACCCGGACAACCCGUACAGCGACCGCAUCAACGCCACCCUCCUCUCCCUCGUGCGCAACAAAGAGCUCACGGAACUCGUGCAAUCCAUGCAAGACCUCGAGCGCACCUGGAACCACAAGUUCAACUACCCCUGGACCUUCAUCAACGACGAGCCCUUCACCGAAGAAUUCAAGCGCGUCACCCAACACCAGACCCGAGCCCUCUGCCGCUACGAAGUCAUCCCCAAAGAGCACUGGCAGAUCCCCGGCUGGAUAAACCGCGACUUGAUGCACGAGAGCGCGAAUUUCCUCGAAGACCAGAAAGUGCAGUACGCGCACAUGGACUCGUACCACCAAAUGUGUCGCUGGAACAGCGGCUUCUUCUACAAACACCCCGCGCUCGCCGACUACCGCUACUACUGGCGCGUGGAGCCCAACGUGCAUUUCUUCUGCGACGUCGACUACGACGUCUUCCGCUACAUGCAGGACCACAACAAAACGUACGGCUUCACCAUCACGCUCUACGACUCCCCGCCGUCCAUCACCACGCUCUGGCCGGAGACGAUGAAGUUCGUGGCCGCGAACAAACAGUACCUCGCGGACAACAACGCGAUGAAAUUCCUCACCGAUCGCGAUCGCCGCCCGGAACACCAUCAGGCGGCGAAUGGGUACAGUACGUGCCACUUCUGGUCCAACUUUGAGAUCGGGGACAUGGAGUUCUGGCGUUCGGAAGCGUACGAAGCGUAUUUCAACCACCUCGACCGGGCCGGCGGAUUCUUCUACGAGCGAUGGGGCGAUGCGCCGGUGCAUACGAUUGCGUUGGGGUUGUUCGAGGAUGCGAGUAAGGUGCAUUGGUUCAAGGACAUCGGGUAUCAGCAUAUUCCGUUCUUCAACUGUCCGAAUAGUCCGAAGUGUAAGGGGUGUAUCAAGGGGAGGUUGACGGAUGGGGAGGCGUGGUUGAAUCGGGAGGAUUGUCGGCCGAAUUGGUUCAAGUAUGUCGGGAAUGAGUGGGAGACGUCGAUGGCGAGUUGA